AAGUGGGGCACUGCAGCCGGAAGUUGGGGUGUCAUGGCGGGUGUCAUGGUGGCGGCUCGCAGGGGCCGAGGAGGCUGAGGGWGGAGUGGGGCCGCCGGGGUGGCGGUGGCGGCUCGGGGAGGUGCUGCAGCCCCGGGGCUGAAGGGGCAGUGUCGUGCACGGGCCCGGUGGGCUCGAGUGGACGCCGUGGCGGGGAGGGCAGGGCUCGGCCCGGCCUUUCCUCGGACUCUCCCGUCGCCUCUCGCCGCCUGUUUCCAGCAGGAGCAUCGCCCUGUGGUGAUUUCCAAGGGGAGGAGCGGGACGGCGGGCAGAUGUCGCUUCUGCGRGCGAGGACUUGUUAUCCGAAAGUGCUUAAGUAAACUUUGAAUGUGUUUUAAGUUCGUGGAGAGGACGCGAGCAAAAGCGCCUUUCUUGUGCUGAUAAUGGAUGAAGAAAGUCUGGAAGCAGCGAUCCAGACCUACAACGCCCAGCUGGAGCAGGUGGAGCUGGCGCUGGGGGCGGGCCAGGACCCAUCGCAGCAGUCGGACCUGAUCCAGCUGCAGGAGGAUUUAAAGCAGUUGAUAGAACUGACCGAGUCCAGCCUGGUGGCUGUGAAAAAGAGCAAACUUCUGGCCACUUUGGACACAGAUGCCUCCUCCUCCUCCCCAGCAGAUCUCCCAGGGCAGGAUUCCCACCUGGAGAGCUCUGCCCAAGAUGAGGAAUAUGCUGCUUUUAAAGAAGCCAUUGCUGGGCUUGGAACAGAUGAGGAGCCUCCAGCUGACAACAAGAUCUCUUCAGAGAGAGAGGGAGAAACUGGGGAUAAAAACAAAUCAAAGUGCUAUGAAGAAGAGGAGGAACUGGAGAGAGAGGARGAGGAGGAGGAGGARGAAUUGAGUGGGAUGAAGGUUAAAGCCCCCUAUUACAGCUCCUGGGGGACCCUGGAGUACCACAAUGCCAUGAUUGUGGGCACAGAGGAGCUGGAGGAUGGCAGUGCAGGGGUCAGGGUGCUGUAUCUCUACCCAACCCACAAGUCCCUGAAGCCGUGCCCSUUCUUCUUGGAUGACAAGUGCAGAUUUAAGGAGAACUGUCGGUUUUCCCAUGGUCAGGUGGUGUCUGUGGAGGAGCUCCAGCCAUUCCAGGAGCCUGACCUGAGCACGCUGGGGGUGGGCUCAGCCUGCCUGGCCAAGCACAGCGAUGGGAUUUGGUACACKGCCAAAAUCACCGAUGUGGACAGUGGGUACUACACGGUGAAGUUUGACUCCCUGCUCCUCAAGGAGGCUGUGGUGGAAGGGGACAGUGUCAUUCCCCCCCUGAGAAGUGAAGAUGCUGCUGAAUCUGAYGAGUCUGAUGCGGACAGUGUGGAUGAUUCUGGCUAUGCCAAAGUGAUAGACUCAGGAGUUCCAGAGAAUGGGGAAUGGACCCCUGCCUGCAGUUCCUCUUUUGCUGGCUGGGAGGCCCAUACUCGUGGCAUUGGCUCCAAACUGCUUGUUCAGAUGGGAUACGAGUUUGGAAAAGGCUUAGGGAAGAAUUCCGAUGGCAGAGUGGAGCCAGUGCAGGCUGUGGUGCUUCCUCGAGGGAAGUCCCUGGACCAGUGUGCUGAGGUGCUUCAGAAGAAGAAGCAGGGGAAGCUGGAGCCAGGCAAAUCGAGGAAAUGCCGAGCAAAGGGAAGCAGCUCUGGACAGCCRGGUGGCCGUAAGGCCCCACGCAAUGUGUUUGACUUCCUGAACGAGAAACUGCGUGGGAAGCACGCCGGGGACAAGGCGGGGGGGAUGGCACUGCCCCAGAGGAGCAGCAAAGAGAUUUACCACGCCAGCAAGAGCACCAAGAAGGCUCUGAGUGUCAGCCUCUUCCAGACCACGGAGAAGAUCGAGCAAACGCAGAGGGAUAUCAGGGGAAUCCAGCAGGCCCUGGCGCGCAAUGUCGGGCGGCACAGCAUUGCUACAGCUCAGCUGGAGGAGAAGCUGGCUGAUGCUCACAAGCAGCUGGGGCAGCUGCAGGCCCAGGAAGCCAGGCUGCAGCGGGAGCAGAAGAAAGCAGACACCCACAAGAAGAUGACUGAGUUCUAGGUGCUGAGGAAGGUGUUGGACUGCAGGGAUUGUCCUUCUGGUGCUCCUGGCCUCAGAGCCUGGGUGCGCUGUCCAGCCUAAAACUGGKCAGGAAAGCAGCAGUUUCUGCAUGCUUCAGAGCUCUUUUGGGAGGGGAAUGAGUACACAUCCAUCCAGCCCUGAAAGCAUUCAGUGAGCUGGGCCUUGGAUGAGGUCUAGCUACAAGGAAUACAAUUCUCUGCUCUCUUGCACACAUUUUCCCUCCGUUUCCCCUGUGGUAGCAGCUCCAUCCAGAGUCUGUGUGUGCUCAGGAGACAACGCUGCUGGCUACAAACCAGCUGAGGGGACUUGGGCAGCCCCACUUCCUGCCAUCAACUGUGGCUUCUGUCUGCAGCCACCUGCCAAGCACAGGUGCAGGCAGGGUCCCAAGCACAACUGGGUGAAAACAUCYAAGGUCAAGUACUUUAGCUGCUCUCUGCCUUCUGGAUUUUACUAUGGGAUUUAUCUGAGCACUCCAUUUUUUGGAGGGAGCAGUUAUUUGUAGCUCUACUGUAAGAAAUAGACAGGAAUCUGGCAGCUCAGAGGUGAGAACCAGCAGUCUGAAGCAUCAGAUUUCAGCAGUUUGACUGUUUGAGUAUCCCAGGACAUGCUGUAGCCAAACUCACUGGCUUGGYACAGAAAGGUGCCUGGUUCCACAAGUAGAGUGCCAUAGCUGGGGGAAUAAGCCAGCAGCAUAAUGGGAUUCCCAAAUCUCCUAUCCAGGAACAGCUCCACAGGGAACCUUGUGAUUUUUGCCACCAUUAGUUGGAUUUUUGUGGCUCACUGAACUCCUUUUAGUAUAAAACCUCAGGACCCAGAUCCAGGUUGGACUGGGCCCUGGAUGAGCACAAAGAGCAGGAUCUGUAUGUGCCCAGUGUGAAGCUCUGCAGUGAGAGAGUAUGGGGCUGGGCUGGGAGCAGGCCAGGCAAGCCAAGUGCCCUUCCCUGCAAAGUGGACAGUGUUUGGACAKGAAGGAGGUCCUCCCCUCUGGGUUACAUUCUGUGUUGGUGGUGGCCAGUCGUUGCCUCAGAGGAGAUGGUGGUUUCAUCAUCUGGUGGGAUUUGUGCAUUGUAAAGGCUUUUUAUUUUUAAAAAGAAAAGUUUGCRAYUCAUGCCAGUAUCUUAAGGACACCAGUUCUUUUUUAAUUUAAGGAACCAAUUUCCUUUUACUCUGUGAGUCAUUUUUCUAAUGAAAMGGUUCCUUUAGUACCCCCUUUUUURUCUAUCCCUAAGAACAGACUGAAAAACAAGCUGUCAGCCUGGGCAGGGCUGUKCCUGCUUGCAGGAUCAGGCUGCCAAMCGAACCAGAAAAUCUGAGGCUGAAGAAGAUAUGAUCAGAGCUGUUCAGGUUGUGUGGGAUUUCACAUUGCUGCUGACACACCUCAGAAACACAGCGAGACAGCAAAGCCAAACAAGAUGAACAUCUUCAGGAAACUUGUGGGAGUGAGUCUCUGCUCCUGAAGAGCACCUGGGAUCAUGCUGUGACCRUGUGGAUUGGAUGGUGGCACGGGCUGCCUUGGGCACUUCAACAUCCAUUGGUUCUUACUGGAAUUGGCUGUACUGUCCUCAUUGUUCUGAAUUGGUGUUCUCCAUGCACAGGGCUCAACUCAAGGGUUUAACAAUGGCCCUUCCCUCACAAAUGACUGUUUGUUUUCCACACUCGAGUGCUGAGUGGUGACAAGGAUUAAUGUGCUCACUAAAGCGGUCCAUGACUGGAGAGCUGAGCUGGGCAGAGAAUUUUGUUGGUUUAAUUUGUGCUCUGGGACUGUUAAACAUCAUCAUCUCUUUAGGAUCUGGGUGUAUGAGCCCUGUGUCUCAGCCAAGUCGUGUUUUGACCCUUCUUUGGGAUCUCCACAGCCUGACUUGUCCGACUCCUAUUCCAGUGGCUGCCACCUCCCACCCAGUGCAGUCUGCAUCCCUGAUGAAUAAAGGUGUUUAUUUUCCCCUC